GACGGGUGGCGAGCAGCGGCCUCGGUCGUGGACGCGUCCCCGCCUCGCACCGGCGGCCCGUGCUGAUCGACGGCCUCGUGGACGAGGGCUGGCCCGGCUUCUCGUGGAGCGCCGAGGAGUGGGCGGAGCGCCUGGCCGGGGUGCCGCUGCCCGCCAGGAGGCUCUCCGCCGUGGCCGCCCGGGGCGCCCUCGGCGCGGCGCGGGAGGUGCCCGGGGAGGCCUACCUCGGCCGGUGGGAUUCGAGCGCGGGCGACGAGCGAGAGGACGGCCAGGACGCCACCGUUGUGUUCAGCACCUCGGCGUCCGACGCCGCUAUGGUGCGGCUCCGGGCGCUGGGCGUCGUGCGAGAGCCGCCGCCGCUGCUGCGGGCGGUGCAGCUCUACCCCGUCCUCAGCAUCGGGCGCGCGGACGAGGGCCUGCCCUUCCACCAGCACGAG